CACUGCUUGCACCUCACCUCUACUCACUUUGGAAACUUUUUUGGAGUUCAGCUAUGAUUAUUUGUAUUUUUCACACUGUGCUGCUAUAGUUUGGGAUGCUUGGACAGAUGUAUUUAGGAUUUCUGUACUCACCUACACUUUGGAAUUAAAUUUUGGGAGAUUAAAGAGAUUUAUUUUCAACUUCCCCAGAACACAGAACUUGCGCUGACCUCACUCAUUCACCCUGGAUUGGGAGAAUCUGGUUGUUACGGAACCUCACUAUUUCUUACUGGGCUUCGCAUGAGGAUUACUGGACUGGGAUCCUGGUGUCCAUCCUGGAGGUGCUGACAGAGGAGUCACUUGUUCUCAUUGCUGGAACUGGACCCGGAACCUGUCCCCAGAGAGCAGCACAGAGCUUGGCCAGGCACACGCCUGCUGCAGGACAGGGGGAUCCAUUUACACCACUCUCUCCAGGUUCUGGGCUCCCAAUCAGGGAGCAGGACAACGCAGAGUUUGGAGGCUUCGAGUGAUAUUUGCGGCUCAUGCUCGCUCACAGACAGUCAGAUGGGGUUGCUCGUAGAGUGGUGCGCAAGAGGCGGUUACACUGACAAGAUGCUGUUGCUCUUCCUGAUUCUGGUCAGCUUGACAAAGGCUCGUCCGUCAUACAGUCUGGUUGAAGACACUACUUUGGAACCUGAAGAACCUUCAACCAAAUACCAAAUCUCCCAGCCGGAUGUUUAUACUGUUCUCCCUGGCGAAUCACUUGAUCUGCAGUGUCCCCAGACUGAUGCUUCUCUGGUGGUUUGGACUAAAGAGGGGGUGAAAUUAGAGACCAGCAAUAGGACGGUGAUUGUCAAAAACUACUUGCAGAUAAAGGAUGCUUCCCCCAGGGACUCUGGGCUCUACUCAUGUUCGGUGACUAAAAGCACACAGGGCAAUACUCAUUUCUUCCUUGUGAAUGUCACAGAAGCCAGUUCCUCAGGGGAUGAUGAAGAUGACAAUGAUGGUUCAGAGGACUUUACAAGUGACAAUAACAUAAAAGCUCCAUAUUGGACUAACACAGAUAAGAUGGAAAAGAAACUUCAUGCCGUUCCUGCCGCCAACACUGUCAAGUUACGUUGUCCUGCUGGUGGUAAUCCCAUUCCACAUAUGAGGUGGUUGAAAAACGGAAAAGAAUUCAAACAGGAGCAUAGAAUUGGUGGAUACAAGGUUCGAAACCAGCACUGGAGCCUAAUCAUGGAAAGCGUUGUUCCCUCAGACAAAGGCAGCUACACCUGUAUUGUAGAGAAUGAACACGGAUCUAUUAAUCACACUUACCACCUUGAUGUUAUAGAGCGCUCUUCACAUCGACCAAUUUUGCAGGCUGGGCUUCCAGCAAACACGACUGCCCAUGUGGGAGGAGAUGCUGAGUUUGUCUGUAAAGUAUACAGCGAUGCCCAGCCCCAUAUCCGCUGGGUGAGAUAUGUCGAGAAGAAUGGAAGCCGAUACGGUGUGGAUGGACUUCCAUAUAUGAAGGUUUUGAAGCACUCGGGAAUAAACAGUUCUAGUGCUGAGGUGUUGAGACUGCACAAUGUGACUGAAGCAGAUGCUGGCGAAUAUAUUUGUACGGUCUCCAAUUAUAUAGGGGAAGCCAACAAGUCCGCUUGGCUGACUGUGGAGACAAAACGACCAGAUCCGUCGGAGACCAAGAAUGAGACUAACUCUCAACCCUUUUACUUGGAAGUAGCAAUAUACAUUUCUGGUGGCUUGGUUAUCAUUAUCAUUGUGUUGUUUGGCUAUUAUUGUCAUCAUCGAACGGAAGCCAAAAAGAAGACCACUUUAAAUCCUCCUUUGGUACAUAAGCUCACCAAGCGAAUCCCUCUCCACCGCCAGGUAACAGUGUCGGCUGAUUCCAGCUCAUCUAUGAACUCCACAACUCCACUGGUGAGAAUCACAACGCGGCUACUAUCCGGGGCAGACACUUUACCAAACUUGUCUGAAUAUGAGCUGCCUCAGGAUCCCAAGUGGGAAUUUUCACGAGACAAGCUCACACUAGGUAAACGGCUUGGUGAAGGCUGCUUUGGACAGGUGGUGAUGGCAGAGGCUUUGGGAAUUGACAAGGAUCGACCUAAAGAAUCUGUGACUGUUGCAGUAAAGAUGCUGAAAGAUGAUGCUACAGAAAAAGACCUCUCGGAUCUGGUGUCUGAGAUGGAAAUGAUGAAGAUGAUUGGAAAACAUAAAAACAUCAUUAACCUGCUUGGAGCUUGUACGCAGGAAGGCUGUCUGUAUGUCAUUGUAGAAUAUGCUGCCAAGGGGAACCUGCGUGAGUUCCUCCGCGUCCGGCGUCCUAUAGAGAUGGAAUAUUCAUAUGAAGGCAACAGGGUCCCCGAAGAGCAAAUGACAUUCAAGGACUUGGUAUCGUGUACCUACCAACUGGCCAGAGGCAUGGAAUACCUAGCAUCCCAAAAGUGUAUACAUCGGGACCUCGCUGCCAGGAAUGUGCUGGUCACAGAGAGUAACGUCAUGAAGAUCGCUGACUUCGGCCUGGCGCGCGAUGUUAAUAACAUUGAUUAUUAUAAAAAAACAACAAACGGACGACUUCCUGUCAAGUGGAUGGCUCCUGAAGCUUUGUUCGACAGAGUUUACACUCAUCAGAGUGAUGUCUGGUCGUUUGGUGUGCUGAUGUGGGAGAUUUUCACCCUUGGUGGGUCGCCUUACCCUGGGAUACCUGUAGAGGAACUUUUCAAGCUGCUUAAAGAGGGACAUCGGAUGGACAAGCCAGCCAACUGCACCAAUGAACUGUAUUUGAUGAUGAGGGAUUGCUGGCACGCUGUACCUUCACAAAGACCCACCUUCAAACAACUGGUGGAAGAUUUGGAUCGAAUCCUCACAUUAACAACCAACGAGGAAUACCUGGACCUCAGUGCCCCUUUGGAACAGUAUUCCCCAAACUUUCCAGACUCUUCAUGUUCUGCUUCUUCCUCCGGUGAUGACUCUGUGUUUUCACCUGACCCAACACCCCAUGAUCCCUGCCUCCCCAAAUUCCAGCACGUAAAUGGCAGUGUGAAAACAUGAGGAACCCUGCGUUCUGCAGCCCCUUAAAAAACUGUUGACUAACUUGGCAUUUUCUGCAGAACGCAGGGGAAUAGAGACUUCCGUGGAAGAGAACAGAGUGGGCAGACCCGAACGUACUUAUCCCGCUACACCAGGCGUGGGCAUCAAAUGGCAGGAGCUGAACACAGAUCACAGCUGGCAAAGCUAUGCACAGUGACAGCCUGGAUAACGUGCUUUGCUAAUGGGAGACAGGAGAAUAUUUUAUUUGUGUUAAAUCAGAUUCCUCCAUCACUAAAGGAUGGCUUCUCUCGGACUCAAGGCUAAUGAGAUUACUUGCCUUUAUUGUUAAUUUUGUAAUAUUUUGAGCACUCCUUAUUCUUAUCACUCCUUUACCAGGGCACAUUGUUGCUUCUGACUACAAAUGUAAAUAUAUUCCAAAUAUUUUAUAAAUAUAUAUUAUAUAUUUACAAUGAAUUAUUUUUUGUAUUGAUUUUGAAAAAUUAAAAAAAAAAAACAAAAAAAAAAAAAAAAAAACACACACACACAAAAUCCCUUCCAUGCCGUAUUGUGUCCAGGACGUCUCCGGCAGGGAACGGUUUUAGUAACGAGAUUUUGCGUUCCGUUUUGAACUAACAAAGGAAAUGUGGAAUCUCAAUGUGUACACUGCGUUUAAAGAAGAUAUCCUUUUUUUUAUUAUGUCCCAUUAUUAUUUAUUAGUCCCUUUUGCACCCUGAGAUCAGUGAUUCGUUAUUGAAUAAUUGCAUUUUUAACAGCUCUGGUGUCAAGUAUGUGAGAGUUAUGGAUUAAAAGCAGUGGUACUGUGUCAAAAGACAAAAGCUACUUAGUCCUUAUUGUAAAAAGAUUUAUAUGCUAUUUAUGCUAUUGAAUCAGAAAUGGAAAGAGUCUUAUUAAAAAAAAAUAGUCUAUUUCUUUCCAAUGCAAAUGGGAGUGUAAGUUUUGUAAAUGAAAACAAAAAUAACCUGAAUUUGUAAAUAAAAAUGUUUUGGUACUCCGUGAAA